AUGGCCGAGACUUCCAGGAAGGCCGAGGCUAAGCCGUCUCGGAUCAUCCGGAUUGGUGACCGAGAGUUUGACUUCGACAGAAAGGCUCAGGACGAUGCCGCGGCAUUUCGAAACGUACCCAAGACCUCUAUCAAGACUUACAAGUUCCCAGCUCCUCAGCCUCAAGAAGGAGUGGUCCAACCCAUGUGGGCCGACUUCCUAGAGGGGUACGACAAGUCGGAAGAGGGCAUCAAGAUCGUGUUUGCAGACUUCAGCAAGUUUGGUGAGAGACUGGUCGACGUCUUUAGCCAGGUAGACGAGGUACGGGUAGACGAGAGAGAGCUGCUUCAGCUGAAGCAGCGAGGCACCGCGUCAACCUACGUCGCCGAGUACCUACGACUGGUCACUAAAGUCGAAAAAGCUUAUGUCUGUCGCGAACUCUCGGAAGCCACCUUCCGCGAGACGAUACUCGCCUUCUUAGGAAAACGCGGAUACAUACCACCAGGUGAUGAGUCCGACAAGGAUGCUCCGCCGGAUUACUUCAACUACAUGGAGGAAAGGAACCGGAAGGAUGGGCCGCGGAUCAAGUGGCUGAUAUGCGACCCUCCUGGGCUCGAGUCGAUCACUGGCUGGAGAUUCCGGAGAUUCACUGCCGAUUCGGUUCUGACCUUCUGCGGAGUCCUAGCCGCUAACAACCGCCAUUCGGAAUCAACCAUGCUCCUAGAGUUCGUCCUUACCCAGGGUGUUUGCGAUGAACCAACCAGACUAGGGAGCAAUCGACGCACGGCGGAGGCGGCCAGUGUCGUGAGGCAGCUGGAGGACCUGAAGACGGCUAAGGAAAAGGAGCAGGAGAAGGACAGGAAGUAG